UCACGGACUGUUCCGUUCCGUCAUGGCCGUGUGAGUGUGACUCUACUCUAAGCGUAGUGUGAGCGCUCCUCCCACUCAAGGGUUAAGCGGGCUUCCCUUGCGCUCAGGCUGAGCGGCGCUGCUGCUGCAGAUCCAGUGGAGGAGCGGCGCGCGCUGCAGCUUCGCCAAAGCACACGCGGGAUGGAGGAGCGCAAAGCGCCGGACCCAGACGGCAACCGGCCGUGAAAACGCACCCCGCCCGCCCCAACACACCCCUCGCACACCCACCGCGGGCUCCUCGGCAUGGAGGGCGCGACAGAAAACCCGAGCAGGGCGGCCGAGUACCUGAAGGAACUGAACAACAUCAUCGAGGCGCAGCAGGAGCUGCUCGAGCGCCAGAAGGGCCGCAUAGGAGAGCUAGAGAGGCGCGUGGACGACUUGAGUGAGGAGAACGCCAGGCUGAAAGAGGAGCAGCGCAGGCACCUGGCCACCUGCAGGCACCUGGCUGCGUGCAGACACCUGGCCUCGUGCAGGCACCUGGAGCAAGCCGACGGGCAGCACGCGCUGGGCUCCAUUUCGGAAAACAGCGGGCAGGAAAAGAUUGAGGUUGAAGCCUUGCGUAUUGCCAAUGUCAGACGACAUGCUUCUUUGCCCCCCGAAGUCACAGAUAACCAAGGCAACUUUAUCGCCCCUUCCUGUCGGAGAAGUUACCCCUGUCGCAAAUGGAAGUCUGCAUAUUUUGGUGUGGAGGGUGACGCUGCUGGUGCUGAAGCUGCUGCAGUGUCUCUGGACAGCAGUGGUGAAUACGCUCGUGUGCCAGUGACACGCAGCUCCAUCCUCGGCUCCGAGCGCUUCGAGCCGCUCUAUACGCACGAGGUGCGGCCACGGCCGCGCCGGCCAAAACUCCAGCACUCUCAGUCUAUCCUCCGCAAACAGGCUGAGGAAGAGGCCAUCAAACGCUCAAGAUCACUUUCCGAAAGCUAUGAACUCUCCACUGACCUCCAGGACAAACAGGUGGAGAUGCUGGAGCGUAAGUAUGGGGGGCGUUUCAUAACCCGGCAUGCAGCCCGCACCAUCCAAACAGCCUUCCGGCAGUACCAGAUGAACAAGAACUUUGAGCGCCUCCGGAGCUCUAUGUCGGAGAAUCGCAUGUCCAGACGCAUCGUCCUUUCCAACAUGAGGAUGCAGUUUUCCUUUGAAGGACCUGAGAAAGUCCACAGUUCCUACUUUGAAGGCAAGCAAGUUUCGGUAACUGACGAUGGCUCUAAGCUCGGAUCACUGGUCCAGUCAGAGUGUGGCGAGAUGGUUCCAGCUAAUAUAAAGUCGCCUAUGGCCCAGAGCGAUUUCACUGACGCUAUAACGGAGCUGGAGGACACGUUUUCCAGGCAGGUGAAGUCUUUGGCAGAGUCGAUAGAUGAUGCUUUGAACUGUCGCAGCUUGCAUGGAGAUGAAGGCCAAGCUGAGCCAAGUCAGCGCGACCGUGAUCUUGAGCGAGAGGUGGCAACUUCUUACCAGGUAAAACCUUCACAUAGUAGCGGGGAUCACCGCAAAUUGGACGAAAUGACUGCUUCUUAUAGUGACGUGACUCUUUACAUUGAUGAAGAAGAACUUUCACCUCCACUUCCUCUUUCACAGCCUGUGGACCGGCCAUCUAGUACAGAAUCUGACCUUAGGCUACGAUCCCUAAAUUCAUCCCAGGACUAUUGGGCUCAAGCACACAAGGACGAUAAAGGAGAUACGGACACUAGCUGCAGAAGUACACCAUCCUUAGAGUGUCAAGAACAACGAUUAAGGGUGGAUCACCUUCCUUUGCUAACCAUAGAGCCCCCUAGUGACAGUUCAGUAGAACUGAGUGACCGCUCUGACCGUAGUUCACUCAAAAGGCAGAAUGCCUAUGAAAGAGGCAUAAGCAGCCAACAAGGAAGCCCAAAACAUGGCUCUUCCCACGCUCAUUCGGCCCGCGGGCCAUCAAGAGAUGAAGAACGUCAUCGGCCGAGGCAGCUAGAGAGUCACUUGGCCAUCAACGGCACGGCGGCAAACAGGCAGAGCAAGUCAGAGUCAGAUUUUUCAGAUGGAGACAACGACAGCAUCAACAGCACCUCCAACUCCAACGACACCAUCAACUGCAGCUCCGAAUCAUCAUCUCGGGACAGCCUACGUGAGCAGACGCUGAGCAAACAGACCUACCACAAAGAGACUCGAAACAGCUGGGACUCUCCGGCAUUCAGCAACGACAUCAUCCGCAAGAGACACUACCGCAUUGGCCUAAACCUGUUCAACAAGAAGCCAGAGAAAGGCAUCCAGUACCUGAUUGAACGCGGAUUCGUCCCAGACACUCCGGUGGGCGUGGCCCACUUUUUGCUGCAGAGGAAGGGGCUGAGCCGGCAGAUGAUUGGCGAGUUUCUGGGCAACAGACAGAAGCAGUUCAACCGAGACGUUCUAGACUGUGUGGUGGAUGAGAUGGAUUUCUCCAGUAUGGAAUUGGACGAAGCCUUAAGAAAGUUCCAAGCACACAUUCGGGUUCAGGGAGAAGCACAGAAGGUAGAGCGGCUGAUUGAGGCUUACAGUCAGCGCUACUGCAUCUGUAACCCUGGCGUGGUUCGUCAGUUUCGAAAUCCAGACACCAUCUUCAUCCUGGCCUUUGCCAUCAUCCUGCUUAACACAGACAUGUACAGUCCCAAUGUAAAGCCUGAGAGGAAGAUGAAGCUGGAGGACUUUGUGAAGAACUUAAGAGGGGUUGAUGAUGGAGAGGACAUCCCUCGUGAGAUGCUGAUUGGUAUCUAUGAACGGAUCAGGAAGCGUGAACUCAGGACUAAUGAGGACCACGUGUCACAGGUGCAGAAAGUGGAGAAACUCAUCGUUGGGAAGAAGCCGAUUGGCUCACUCCAUCAUGGCCUUGGAUGUGUUCUUUCUCUACCCCACCGCAGGCUCGUAUGUUACUGCCGGCUGUUUGAGGUGCCCGACCCAAACAAGCCUCAGAAACUUGGCCUCCAUCAGAGAGAAAUCUUCCUUUUCAAUGACCUCCUGGUGGUCACCAAGAUUUUCCAAAAGAAGAAGAAUUCUGUGACCUACAGCUUCAGGCAGUCCUUCUCACUCUACGGCAUGCAGGUGCUGCUUUUCGAGAACCAGUAUUACCCCAAUGGCGUCCGGCUUACCUCAGCCAUCCCAGGUGCUGACAUCAAAGUUCUGAUCAACUUCAAUGCUCCGAACCCGCAGGACCGCAAGAAAUUCACAGACGACCUACGGGAGUCCAUUGCCGAGGUGCAGGAGAUGGAGAAGUACAGGAUCGAGUCUGAGCUGGAGAAGCAGAAAGGUGUGGUCCGGCCCAGCAUCUCCCAGAGUUCUGGGCUGAAGAAGGAAGCAGGGAAUGGUAAUCUAAGCCGCGGCAGCCUGGACGACAGCUAUGCCAUAGGGGAGGGCCUGAAGAGGAGCGCCCUCAGUAGCUCCUUACGUGACCUUUCAGAUGCAGGCAAGCGCGGCCGCCGCAGCAGUGCGGGAUCUCUAGACAGCAAUAUGGACGGCUCCAUCAUUAGCAGCCCCCACAUGCGGCGCCGGGCUGCCUCCAGCCGAGACUGUCCAUCACGCCAGCAGUCCAUCCCCAGCUCCUCCUCCUCUCUGCUGGGGUCGCUCUUUGGCACCAAACGGGGCAAAUCCCCCUUGCCCCCUCAGGCCCCACACCCGUCCCACCCCACCCUCAUCUCACACACACCCCAUCCAUCCAACUUGCACCACACAGCUCGUGAAAACAUCACAGAGACUCAGGCUCAGAUCCACCCACACCACGGCCAGUUCUGCCACAUGCAGCAAAACCCGCCUCCGUACCACCACCAUCACCACUACCACCCUCCGGCACACAUUCAGCACCAAUUCCACCCGCCAUCGGGCCACUCACAUGGGUCUCAUGCCCAUGGAUCUCACUCUCAACACUCCCAGCAUGCCCAACACCACCAUACCCCAGCUCAACCCCCUGCACCCCCUGCAGGCAGCACCAAGCCCAAACACAGCGGCAUCAGCACGGUGGUGUGAAACUAAACUUUCUGGGGCUCAGCAGGACUUAGUGGGACUCACAAGGAUUCUGUGGAACUCUAUCGUAUUCUUUGGGAUUCUGUGGAUCUCUGUUGGAUUCUGUGGGUCUCUCUGGGUCUCUGUGGGAUUCCUUGAGACUCUGUGGGAUUGUAUUUUUCUCUAUGGGUCUCUGUGGGAUUCUUUGGGACCCUGUGGAACUUUAUUAGUCUCUGUGGAACUGAGAUUGUCAAGCACAGGGAGUGUGGAGGCAGCUUUAGGCGGACUUCCUGUCUAGCUGGCAUAUGAAAGAUUGUACAUUUUUGCAAUAGACUGUGUGGAUGGAACCGACCAGGGAAUGAGAACAAAACAAAAGGCAACAUGACUCAUUUUCAUUUUCAGUCAGAGCCUCUCUCCACUGGGACAAAAAAGGAGAGUGAGAGAGAAUGGGGGCACACUGUGUAGCAUUAGCACUAGCACUGGCCUUCUCUUCCAGGCAUUUUAGAGGGCUGCUAGACCCUCCCUGUGGGUUUUGGGUUUCCACCUCCAUCUAUCUCUACAUUUUCCAUUGAUCAAUCACUGCUCAAGCUCCAGGCAAAGCUGCUUUUUUUGUCCUCUCAAGGAUUAGUCUAUACUUUCUUUUUUGGACUUUUAGCACCUGGAUACGUAUCCAAACCCUCACUGAAACCCAACAUGGAAGCAAACGCAUGCACAAUGACCAUGGCUACUGGGUUAGCUUGUAUUUAAUUACUUACAAAAUGUUAUAAAAUAUCCUGCUUUACAGUAAUUUGCAGAAAUAAAAAGUCUUGGUAGAACGGACAUGCCUUGAAACAAUGUGGUUUAAACACAAUGGUCAACAACAGCUUGGCCAUGAAGUCGGUCACAAAAGUGUUCAAGUAUUUAAUGUAGCUGUAGACCAUUCUCUGUGAUAUAGUUAGCAGUCUUUAAUGUGCCAAUUAUUAAAAAGCAGUAACUGAGUUAGUCAAAAAUGCUUUGUGUAUGUUGUGCAUAUAGUAUUUUGUAAAAUAAUAAUAAUAAUAAUAAUAUUAAUAAUAAUAUCAACAGUUAAUAUUAUUGUUAUAGAACAAAAUGCGUCCAAGGCGUCGGCUAAAUAUCUCAGUAUUAUACUCUUGAAGUAGAAUGACCUAGACUCACUAUAAUAAAACUUCAAUGCGUUUAAGUAAGGCGGGCAAGUGAAUGACCUGGAAUUUUCUCUGGUUGCCUUUGAAACUCUUUGGAAGAUUCAGGAAUGCACAAUACGGAAUCUUCCAGUCCGGCAGAACUGUGUUUACUGCAUCAAUUAGCUAGUCAAUCAGGAGGAAGAAAAACAAGAGGUUAGGGAAAGGGGUUAGGGAUGGCUAGCUGGUCUCCGAGCUAACUGAUCCAGAUCCUCCUUAGGCCUGGACUGGCAAGUCGUGGCUUCUAGCACACCACGGUUUUAUUUUUUUAACUAUUUUUUUAGAGACAAAUAAAAACACUAUGAAAUAGACUGUACAUUUACAGAUGUGUUUAUGGUAGAGCUGAUUUGAUGGAGGAGGCUAUUUUGGAAAUAACACGUUUUGCUCAAGGGGUCAUAGAAAUUUUCCAUUAUUUGGGGUUUCAAAGCAGUUGACAACUUUUUUCCGCUCAUAUUUAAUAAGUUUGCUUUUUUUUUUUUGCUGUGAUGUUUUUUUUUUCUCAGCAGGCUGAGUGAGUGUGUGCUGUUCCUAGCAGUUCUUCGGACCGAGCGAACCCAAAUAGACCUGCUACAAAUCCUGGUUGUUUGUGUUUUUGUAUUUACGAAUGCCUUUCACUUGCUCACAAACGCGGUUAACUAACAUAUGCUGGGAGCGACAUGCAGCGGAGGUGGAGACGUGUGCUUUUUCACCGUAGGAAAAAAAAGAGAGGCUUUAACCGUAUUUUUCCUCACAUAUCUCGACUUUUGUUGACCUUUUCUACCUUUUCUUUAUGCUGUGUGCUGUGUAUAAUAGAAGGGAGCGGUCAGGUUAUGAUUUGAUUGAUGCUAUUUUUUAGCUCAGAUAUGGAAGUUUUGAAUAGCACUUGUCAUUUUGUAAGUAUACAUUUAUGUACAGUAACUAUGGUUUGAAAUUAUUGAUCUGAGACCAGUGUUGCAGUGAAGGUUUGCUUUGCGAGCAUUAUUUCUUUUUCUGUUCCAUUCUGUUUUUUGUUUGUUUUGGAUUGGUUUUGUUUUUCUUUUUGUACUAAUCGUAUGUGCAAUAUGUAUGUUUCAGUUUUGUAAAUGAACGGUUGCGAUCUAAUGGCUGGUCUUUCUUUUUAUUAUUAUUAUGAUCAUCAUCAUAAUUGUCCUUGUCUUUAAUUCUUGGCACCCCCCGGCCCCAGUCACUGUGGACCCUCCCCACCUCAGUGUUUUCUCGUCCGUCUCUCUGUUCUAGCGACUUGCAGUGAGGAAUAUCAAACUAAAAGUACUCUUGCAUGUAACAUUAUAUUGUAAGGAUAUUCUCUAAAUAUUGUAUAUUCCCAGAAAUAAUAUUAUCAUCAGUGUUACAGUUGACUGUUGUUGAAAUUUAAGUGACGAUACGCAUUAAAAUUAUGUAGAAUUCUCUUCAUGCGACUCUGUUGCUAUGAACGUCCGUCUGUCACAUUUUGUACCAGAAGAGGUUCAGCUAGAUGACAUGAAUAGAAAACCAACUGUAGAGCAAAGUACACAUUCUGUAAUUUUAGGCUUUAAAUCAGACCAUGCUGGUCAACUACUGUAUAGAAGUUCUCUUAUUCUGCUCUAGUUUAAUUUAGAAGUUCUAGCGAUCAGUGGUGGUCAUCAGCACGAGAUGUGAUUAAAGCGGAGCACAAAUCACUCUUUUAUUAUUAAUAUUAUUAUUAAUACUGUUAUUGGAGCUGAAUGUUGCCCUGGAAUCCAGGAAUCCAGGUUAGGUUCACAAUUUGCACAUGUUGAGCUACUCCUUGGUUUUUUGCACAGGUUCCCAAGCCAUGCCACAGUAAACGUGAGGAUCAUGAUACAACAGAUUAAAUCACUACAAUUGGAAGCGUCUUGAAAGGAAUUAAUUCUGGGACAAAAAAGGGAAAAAAAAUCAAGCAUGUCUUUUUUUUUUUUUUUCUUCUUCUUUUUUUUUCCCCCGAUCUUUUUUUAUGGAAGUUUUUUCCAAAAUUUCAGUUUCCGUGCAGUUACAGGGUGAUACCCAUAAUGAAUUGCAUGCGAUUAAUUCUCGUCACCUCUGGUUUGAACUGUGAGCUAAAUGAAACAUCAGAAAUAUUAUUUGUUUUAUUGUUUAUUUUGCUUGUGUGUUUGUUUUUUUUUUUCUUUUUUUUUUGACAUCGGCUUGCUCUUACAUUUGAUGCUGAAAGUCAGCAUGUAUUCUACUCGUUUACCCAUUGUAAAAGAAAAAGUCCUCAUCUUUGCACUUGUGUGUGUAUGUGUGUCUGAUGAAGACAAUUGCUGUACAUAAGACAAAAUCAGUGUGAAGAAACAAAUACAGCUCAAGAGCAUAUCUCAAGGAAUUUAAAAGCGGAUUUGAAAAGGGAACGGAUGGGGGGUGGGGCUCAUAAAAAUGUGUGAAUAUUCUGUAUAUUAGUAAUUGUCAUCCAUUACAAGAUGCAUUCCUCCACUCUCCUUUAACAAGACAUAUUAACAUACUUCUGCUGCCAGAUGCAUUCAGUUUAGUUCAGCAUCAUCUUCUGUAGCUACUACAAGCCGACUGUUACAUGAUUUUCACUGAUUUCUCCUAUUCUGAGUCGCACCGCAUUUUGCCACAUGCGCAUACACACACAAUGCAGCAUAUUUUAUAAUUACCAGGCCAGGAGAGGAGGAGUUUUUCAUUUUAAUAUGCAUUCUGUUUCUAAGUAGAUGAUGAGACCCUGUUGAUGUAAAAUCUAUAACUGUGACCAUGUGGAACAUGAAAUAAAAAUAUACUGUCCAGAUUCAUAA